UGUGCGUUUUCAAAUCGAGUUGGAUUGUGAUUCUUGUCGGGCGGUCAGGCUACCAUAUCAUCUAUUCGCUUUAGUUUUCAAUUUAAUUCGUUUCCACUUUAAUUUCUUUGUGUCGAUUUCCACAAUUAUUUGAUGUUUUCUAUCGAGAAAAUGACAAUGAAAUCGUUGUGAAAAUCAAACAGUAAAGCAAAAAACAACAAACGACGAAAAAAAAGUUCAAAUAAAACGAAAAAUCCCAGGUAAAGAAAAUGAAAAUGAAUUUCGUGUGAGAGUGUGCAAUACAACACAUUUUGCAUUUGAUAUUUCAUCGGAUUCGAGCAAAACUUCGUACAGUAUGUACAGAGAAUAAUUUUUUUCUGCUGCUGCUGCUGUUAAGUGUGUUAUCAAAAUCGGAAUCGAAAAUACGAGGCAAAGAGUAUUUUCUUACAAUUUGUGUGUAUUCGGUAAUUUAGUAAGCGAAAAAAAAAUGUAUGCCUAUAAACAGCAUAGGGUUUUUUGUUCAUACUACAUAUACGAAUUGUAUUUUUUUUUAAAUUUCGUUGUUGGAUUUCGUCUUGCUCGCUGCCGUAAUUUGAAGUGUGUGUGUGUAUUUUUAUUUGUUCAUGGCUUUGCUCUCCAUUGAAACGGGCUGUGUGAGACGUCGACAACGACGACGACUGCUUCGAUCACGAUGUGAAAUAUUUUGUUUUUCUGUUUUUUUUUUGGGUUCAUUCAUUGCUCUCUCACUCUGACUGUGAGAGAGUGUACUAUUUGGAUUGUGCUACAAAUUCUUCUGUUUUCAGCGAAAUGUUCAGAAUUAACUGUAACUUGAAAAUGAAUUGAGAAAUAUUUCGAUGUUUGUGUGCGUGCGCGAUGUAUUUCAUAGCGUGCUCGUGGGUCAAGUGGAUUUCAGUAUUUGAAUAUGCGCUGCUGCAUUGAAACGAAAGACGACACAGAAUAGAAAUGAAAAAAAAUGGAAUAAAAGCAAACACAAAGUGAAACUGUAAAAUGAAAUGAGAGUUGAAGCGAAGAGUGAGAGAAGAAAACAAGAAAUACAACGACAAAAAAAAGUAUGGUUGUGAGCGGGAAACUAAAUCGAAAAAAUGCUCGAAAAUAAAUAUUUAUAAUUAAACGAGAGAGAUAGAGAGAGAGAGCGAGAAAAAGAAGAAUGAGACGAUGAUUCCGUGUCUACACAGAGAGAGAGAGAAGCCAUGUGUUGUAGUGGCCGUUGGUGAUAUCAAUGCGGCCAAAUGCGUGUAGUGAGAAAUCGAUUCGGUUAAUGGUAUUUGUUGUUGCUCCCGUCGAAUGUUAUUUGUCGUCAUGAAAACUUGUCGACGCUGCACAUAUUUCAGCAAUAUUGCGCUCAACUAAAGCGGUUCGCCAUAUACACACUAUAUAUAUAAUGCAAAGUGAGCGCGCCAACCUAAUCAGCACUCAAAAUCAUUUUUGCGGUGCAUAAUAUUUGCGAUUUUAUUAAAUUAAGAAAGUUGAAAUCUGAAACACACAAUUCAUGUGACGAUUAAGAUAACGAGUUGAAAUAUAAAACGAAGAAAAAAAUGUAAAAGCACAGUGAAAUAAAACUCGAUCGAAUAACGAAACAGUGCGACAUAAUAAAUGAACAGAAAAAUCAAUAAUUGAAUCGUAAAGCGAAUUUUUAACCAUGGAUCGAUGGUAGCACAAAGCAGUCCGAAAUGAGUUCGAUAUCGACAAAUCAUGUCAAGGAACAGCUGAUGAGAAACGUUACAGGAGGAACCAAUUCGAAUAAAUAAAUUGACCGAUUUAGAGAAGAGAAGAUAGUAAAAAUUGAGAGUAAAGAAACGUAUUGAAUACGCUUAGCAUUAAAAGUAAAGGAGAGAGAGAGAGAGAGAGUGUGUGUGUGUGUGUGUGUGUGAGUGAGUGAGUGAGUGUGAGAGACUUGAGUGACCGAGUUGCCAUUUCAACGAAGACGAAAAUGGCUACGUCACAGCAUCCGUCUUUGAAGCUCAACUCACCGGCUUAUGUUGAGCCAAUGUUCUACAAAUGGCCGCUGCAAACGGGAGCCGUCGGUGCAACUCACGACAGUGGCAUCGAAAUUCUGGACGCAAUCCGUUGGGUGUGCGAGGACAUGCCCGAAAUGAAAGCAGCACUCGAACAUAUUGCACUGAACGAAGUCGACACAACAUGCUACGAUAGCAUGCGCAACGUUUGCGACACAUACAACAAAGCCAUCGACAGUAUUGCGGGACUGGAGAAGGGCACCUCAUUGACUGAGCAGCGACUAAAUAAAUUUGCAACUCGUGAACUAUUGCGCCAUAUUGUUCAGCUAGUUUAUAACACGGCCGUUGAAGAACCCGACAAACUCAACAAAUACGAAUCAUUUUCACCGGAAGUGUACGGUGAAACGUCAUUUGAAUUGGUCAGUCAAAUGAUCGAUCAAAUUACUAUAUCGCCCGAUGAUGUGUUCAUCGACUUGGGCUCCGGUGUGGGCCAAGUCGUCCUACAAAUGGCCGGUGCACUACAGUUAAAAUCGUGUUUGGGCAUCGAACGAGCCGAAGUGCCAUCGCAGUACGCCAUCGAAAUGGACUUGACGUUUCGACGAUGGAUGCGAUGGUUUGGAAAAAAAUGGAACGAUUACGAAUUGAUUAAGGGCGAUUUUUUGGCCGACGAACAUCGCGAAAAGAUCAACUCUGCCACAAUUGUAUUCGUGAAUAAUUUUGCUUUCGGACCAAACGUGGAUCACCAGCUGAAAGAGCGAUUUGCUGAUUUGCGCGAUGGCGCCAAAAUUGUGUCAUCGAAAAGUUUUUGCCCGCUCAAUUUUCGCAUUACUGAAAGAAAUCUGAGCGAUAUUGGUACCAUCAUGCACGUCAAAGAGAUGUCAUCGUUGCGUGGAUCGGUGUCUUGGACAGACAAACCAGUUUCAUACUAUUUGCACAUAAUCGAUCGCACCAAGUUGGAACGGUACUUCCAACGAUUGAAGAAAGGUGACGAAAAUGGAACGAUUCGAUCAGGUCGGUACACACGAAACAACAAAGAGAACAAUGAAAACACAACGGACUCUGAUCAGGAGGUAUUGAACGGAAAUAUUAAUGUCAAUCUCAACACAAAUGCCAACGCCAAUGGAAAUGGAAAUGGCAACGGUAAUCGUCAUCGUCGAACGUGGACCGAUGUCACCAAUUACAAAGAUAAGAGUAGCCAUUCGGACGACGAAGAGAAUAAUAAUUCACGAAAUCGAAAGCAAAGCGCUAUGAAAAAGCGCAAGAAGCUGGUACGAAAAGCGGCUCAAACAAAACAAACGUCUGCAUUGAGUGCAACACAAACGAAUGGAGUACAAAAGAAGAGAUCAUCGAAAGCGAAUGCCACUGGAGUGACGACAAUUUCGAAUAAGAAAGGUGGCCGCAAGCGCAACUUUAAAAUCGUCGGUUUGGAUUUGUUGCACAGUCACACAUUGUCGAGUACAAGUUCACAGGUGAUGGGCCGUAGACUACCACCAGCACCGGGUUGUGUCGAUCAACAGUUAACAUCGCUCACUGGUAAUAUGACACAUGAAGAGCUUGAAAUUCCAGUUGCACCGGGUGAAACGCCAUACGCUCUACAAAUUCUGCUCGAUUUGUUCCGUAAUCAAUUCAUGCAGAGCUUGGAUCAAAUGCGAAAUCCAGCGUAUAAAGACACAGUGAAUAAGCAAAUUAGCGAUGAAAAGGAACGCAAUAAGAAUCUAUUGAAUCGUGUCAAUCAGCUGGAGAAGCAAAUCAAAGUGUUGAUUGAUGACAGUGUUGCAUUGCUGAAGGCGCGCAUGAAUGAGCUGGGCAUCGAAAUGACUAGUCAAAAUGAUUUAUUAGCCAAAGCGAAGGAGAUUGUGGGUCGACACAAAGACUUACAAGUGACGGCGGCCAAGCUUCAAGCUCAAGUCGGUCAACUUGAGCGAGAUCAUAACCAUUUGGUUAUGAAUCAAGUGCAAUUGUUAGCAUCCAAGCAUCCGAAGAGCGAUCAAGUGGAACUAAAUUCGCAAACGUCACAAGAGCUGGUACUGAAAGAAAUCGCCAGCACAUUGUCACAUCGCAAAAAGUUGAAGGAUAAAUUGACUUCGUUGGAACAGGAUAUGCAGACAAUUGAAAAUGGCGCACCAAAUGCGCCGGCCUCAAAUGCAUAUCCAACAGACGAUAAGCGAUUGACCACGAUCACACCAGUGCAUCUUGUGCCGACGCUACAUCCACCAGCAGCAUAUACAUCGGCUACAAUUUCCCUGGCUCCACCGUCGAAACCAGCACCAACUACGACAAAAUCGCAACGGAAAAGCCGUGAAAGUCGUGCACGAUCUCAAGAAUGGCCGGACAUACCAGACGUUGGUAAAAUCGAAGAAAACAAUCCGGAAAUUUUGGCACAGAAAAUUCUUGAAACUGGGCGUCAAAUCGAAGCAGGUCGUCUGUUGGGCAAUAAUGGUAAACACAAGGAAUCAGUGGAUCAACGCAAACAUCCACAGCAAUUGAAUGCUGACAACUCGUUGAUGCCAGCACCGACUGUAGUUGUUAAGUCGUCACGAGGUGGUGUAGUUCCUGCUGCCGCCACUGGGGCCAUCGUUGUGGCACAACAAUUGUCGGUUCAACCGAAACACGCCUCUUCGAAGAUCAUUCAAGAUGCACCGAAGGUGGUCAACUUUGAAGACAGACUCAAGAGCAUCAUCACAUCGGCUCUCUGUCAGGACCAGGAACAACGUAAGAGUCAACCAAAACCGAGUAAUGCACAGCCUUCACCCACACAACCAUCGGCGCCCAAUAUGUUUGCAAAAUCGUAUCCGAAUUCACAAGUUGCCGCACCCAAUGCCAAUCAAAAUGCACCAAUGCACAAUUUCAAUCCGAAUAUCAUUUCGGGAACACACCAUUUAAAUGCGGCCACAACAAUUUCAGCCGUCAAACCGUCCAUUACCAACAAUAUGCCGAACAAACAAUCGGCCGACAAUUCGUACGCAAUGAUUUCGAAUAAAUAUCCGGGCGUCGGUGGAUCUGGCAAAUACGGUCAACAUCCGAAUCAGGCACAGCACGCAUCUCAUUCAAUGGCACAUUAUCAAAAGAAUCACCACGCUGAAUCGUCCAUAACACCACGUCAUUCACCUCAUGGUCCAUCGCCCAUCAACAACUAUGCACCACCAUCACCAGCACAACCAUCGUCACAGCAUUCACAUCAUCGCGACAAUGUCAACAUCGAUUUAUCACAUCAUUCGCACGCUAAUCGUGAUCAUAUGCCACAUCAAAAUCAAUACGUACCGCACAUUGAUGUGAAGAAUGAAUUUAAAACGCCUGAAAAAAUGCGCUAUGAACGCAUCUCAAAUCACGUUUCCAUAGAUGAGCACAAUAUGAAUCGCGCCUUUAUUGCCGAAAAUAUGAGCGUUGCCUACAACACAUCGAGUCGUCCGUCGUCAACUUCGUCGUGUGCUUCGAGUGGCCACCAUAGUUUGGGACGACAAAUGAUUGCGGCAACACCACCAUUGCAGUCGCCAAAUAAUUUGCCCGACUACACACAAGUGUCACCGGCCAAAAUGGCAUUGCGUCGUCAUUUGUCGCAGGAGAAAAUAUCGGCCCAGUUUGGUCCCGGUAACGGAACGAUGUCAUCGAAAACGAUUGGUGAUUUGGUGAACGGUGAAAUCGAACGAACGCUCGAGAUCUCACAUCAAAGCAUUAUAAAUGCUGCGGUUGACAUGUCUUCAAUGGGUAGUUCGAUACCGAGCGCCGCUAUAAUCAAUGACCGAGUGCAACGACCCGAACGCGUGAAUGUUCGCGUUUUGGAUGAAUUGAUGCCACCGCAACAUCAACAAUUUGGUGGCGCUCCAACGUUCAAUCAAAGAAACCGCGAAAUCACCAAAUCACCCGUACAUUUGCAUGGGCAAAGUAAUUUGGCAACACUGGCACAUGUUGCACACAAUCACAAGCAGAUGAGUCAACCUCCAACAUUUUCGGCGGGCCACACAAAACCAUUGACAAUUCAAACGAUUUCACCACGUUCAACCGGUUCGGCACAAUAUUCACCCUCAUCAAAUCAUUCGUUCUCAUCGCCAUCGAUGCGUCAAAACGAACAAAUGCACCAAGCACAGCCGACCAAAUAUAUGCCACUGCCUCGGGCCGAUAUUAAAAUGAACUGGGAAUCCUAUUUCAAUGAAUCAAAAACGAUGAUGCACCCAAAUCAACACCAGAAGCAAAUUGUCCAUUCGAAGCGUGAAGCACCGGAGGAAUCGCAUCGCAACAAUGGCGGACCACCGCUGGAAGGUUUGGCUGCAUCAUUGCAACAGCGUGUGAUUGCCCAAAUGAAAAUCAAGGAAGAACGCGAUGUUGAGCGACAAAAGCGAGCCGAAAUUAAUCCAUUGCAUAAUGGUAGUGUGACUAUCACACCAACCGCUCACAUCAAAACAGAAGCACCGAGUGGAUUGAAACGUACAUCGCCAAUUACGCAACACCAUCGACCCGCUAAGAUUCGUCCACAUUACGGCAACCAUAUGAACGACAGCAUGCUAUCGCCAAAUGAAAAUCAUCGUGAUCUAAUGAGCCCGGAAAUCAAUUCGAUGCGAUCGGGAGAGCGUGCUCACAUUCGACCGAAAAUUGACGACGGCUUGAUAUGUAUCGAUGAUGGAGACGAUGAAUCACAUUGGCAAGAUCGUGUUAGUUCGGGGUUUGAUCGUUUGGUUGCAUUUGCAUCAAUUGAAUUGACGAAAUCACGUCGUUCGAUUGAAGAUGGUGCACCGUCAACCAGUCCCGAUUCCGGUAUCAACCAAAGCAGUGAUGGUCGAACAUUUUUAUCAUCAUCGUCAUCGUCAUCGCAAUUGGAUGCGCCAACAAAUUUGCUACGAACAGUUGUCCCCAUCAUGAAAACAUCGCCAGCUGAAGUGCUCGAAAGUCCACCGCCACCCGAUAUGCCCCGCACACCAAGCCCAUCAAGUCCACCGCCAAUCUACUCGGCUCAAUCGCCAUUCGAUCCGUAUAUGCUGCACAACAGUGACGAAAAACUCAAUGUUUCGAGUCAGUAUGCGUACCAUAACGAUGCACCCGAACCCAAUCUACCGAAGAUUCCAUUGAAAUAUCAACGUCAAUCGAAAUCGGUGUCGUAUAAAAAGAAAUUCCGUACAUGGGAAUAUGAUGAUGGUGCAAAUGCCGGUGAAAAUGACAGCUUGGACGAUUACAAUGACUUUAAUCACCUACAUAAGGCUUCCAAAUUUCGACCAAAAGGCAAAAAUUGGAGAAGUCACGAAAAUGACAACCAAGCAUAAAAAUGGCCGAAAAGUAAAAAUUUAAUUGGGUUGAACAUGGGCCGCCUAAUGCAUUAACAAAGAAUAGAGAAAAAGAGUUGAAAUGAACAUAACCGUGAAUAAUAAUGCGUAAACGCGUGUAUGAAUGUUAACUGAGUAACACUUAAAAGUAACAAAAUGUUGAACAAAAAUAUGUAGUGUGGUUUGUGAGCGAGCGAGCAAGAGAGAGAGAGAGAGAUAACUAACUUUAAUUUAAGAUUAACCUCAUUUAGUAAAAAUUCAUACAGAUCGUAGUAACGUUAAGCGAUCGCAAUUUCGUUUCGCCGUUUAUUUGUGACACACGUAUAAAUUAAAUUACAAUUUACUGAAUAUGAUUAAAUACAUUUAGAAGAAAAUAUAAUGUAGACUAAACAACAAAGAGAAAAGAAGUGUUUUUUGAACAUUGUUUUUUUUCGGUGUGACGUAAACUGCAAGCAUAUUGAAAUCGAUGAACAACCAAACAAUUUCCUUCACUUUUAGUUAAUUGAUUUUGAUUUUUAUUUAUUUGACGUUGAACCAUUUUUGGAAAACGGUCUUCUCCCAUUCGGAAAGUGUUGGGAACUUUUUUGUUUCUUCUAUUUAACUCUGGUUUCUUUUUGCACACAUACACACAUACAUACACUCAAAUGAAUUUAUAUUUAUGUUGAAAAGCAAAUGGAUCAUUACAUUCGCUAGACUGCCAAACUUUAAAUCUUUUUUUUUCUUUUAUGUUUAACCUCUUUUGUUUUUAUUACAAAAAAAAAAUCUUUUUACGUUUUAUGGAGUAUUUUCUUUUAUCAAACUUCAUUCAAAUAUAUUUCUUUGCUCUUUAA